CCUGGCACCGGGCAAGCAUAUAAAGCCAGGCGCUUGGCUCGCCCGUCUGCACUGCCACCGGGGCCCCCGCUUUCUUGGGGGGGGGACGGGAGAGAGAUGGACGUCACCAUCCACCACCCCUUCUUCCGCAGACGGCUCUUCCCCGGCCCCUCGCCCAGCCCCAUCUUCAGCCAGCAUUUCGGGGAGCCCUUCGUGGAGUCCGAACUCUUCACAGGCGGCUGGCCCCUGGGCUCCUUCCUGGGGAGGCCCUUCGCCUUCCGGAACGCCGGGUGGAUAGACAGCGGACUGCCCAAGAUGCAUUUGGACGACGACAAGUUUUCCGUCAGCCUGGACGUGAAGCAUUUCUCUCCUGCGGAGCUGAAGGUCAAAGUGUGGGGAGACGUGAUUGAAGUCCAGGGAAAGCACGAGGAGCGCCAGGUGGGUCUCUUUAGGGAUGCGCCCGUUUGGUACAGCGACAGGAGGAGGGGAAAUGGAUUAAGUUUAUACGUCGCUCACCUCACCCUCCGAAGCGACUCCGGAGAGAUCACCCAGCCACAAUAG